AUGACUCAUUCUGCUCAAAUGGAACAAGCAACUGAAGACAUCCACUCCAUGUUCCCGGACUCCGGUGUUGUGGAAAACAUGGCCGGUGAGACUCAUGUCGAACCUUACCGGUCGCUGGGGGACUACAAUCGCUCCAUGCUGCUAUACACCCAGCGCCAAAUGUCUUCUUUCGUUGACACGGACGACACUCGCCGCGAUAGCGGGAGCAGCGGCCAGAGUGGUCGUAGCAUCGCCUCUAGGUGCAGCAGUCUGUCCCAACAGGCCAAUGCAUCUUCUACAUCCGUCAUCAGUGCCGAGCAGCCUGCCGAGACUAAGCUCGAUGGCCGCGACAUGGCUGAGGCUAAGUCUGCUACAUAUUAG